AUGAAGUUACUGUCCCUCAACGACGAUGCUCUCUUCCUCAUCGCUUCUCUUCUCGAUCCCCUCGAUGCCCUCCGCCUGUCAGAAACCAGUCAGCAUCUCUAUCUCAUCGCGCUGCCUCAGGCACUGUCAGCCGUAACUCUCAUGACACACCGCCAACUCUCCGCAUUCUGCAAAUACAUGCUCAAAAGUUCGUCGACUCGCAUGCAUCUUUUGCGCGAGCUCGCCAUUGUACUCCCAGACGGUGACUUUUCUGAUGUGGCACCUCUCCUCGCGGAUGUGCUCGAGCAGGCUCUCGGACUGCGGUCGAUCAUCAUGCAUCAUACAAACAGUUUCAUCAAGGCAGCACCACGCAUUGGCGAUGCUCUCGUCGCCCUUGAGGGACUCACCGAUCUCCGUCUACUUGGUGCCCGCGAGCUUGUGGUGGAGAUGCUUCCCAGACUCCGCAGUAGGCCGAGUUCAUUUCAGUUUGAGGGCUCGGGGCGCCCUCGCAUUGUUCUUCAUCUCUCUCAACUUUCGGCUCUGCAGAAUGCAGUGCUUAUUGGAUUGGUCAAUGUCGCGAUCAACGACGAUUCGCUCACGGAGCAGCCCGCGCAAUGGGAGGCAUUGCAGCAUCUCAGCCUCGAGUAUGUUAAGAUCCCCGCAACUUUCUUCCUUAACUUCUUCCCGAAUCUCGAAAACGUGGCGCUGCGGUUGGAUGAGAUAGUGGGGCUAAUACCAGAUGCACCGAUUCCCUCACCGUCGGCGCGCCCUGUCCGCGGCAUGAUGCUCAACGUACCGCAGAUAUGCGAUGAGACACCCGAAGAGGAUAUCAUACGAGCACUGCGGGCGCUGCAGUGUGUCUCGCCCUUGACGCUCUCACUGAAGAUUUUCGUAGAGCCAUCGCCUACGUUCUGGACACGUCUUGUCACGCUAUCCCCACAGCUCAGGUAUCUCGAUAUAGAGUUGGAUGGCAUGAGUGUGCCGGAAGAAGGGCGGCUUCAAGUUAUCUUUAGUACUACGUCAUGGCUGUGCACGAUCCCCCCUCUUCUCGCCAAUCUGAACAUCGUUUGUCUCCGUAUCUCCCUCGCGGAUACGCGCGAUAAUCGCGACGUGGAAAUUCAAGACCUAUUCUUGCAACAUAUGUGUGCCUCACUACGCUACAUCGCAAUCGAAUCCGUACCUCUCGGGUCCUGGCAGGCCGACUGUGGGUAUUCAUGGUGGAGCGUUGAGGGAUCGGGCGAUACAAGGCGGCUCGUGGCGAUGUCUAGUGAGGCUGGAGAGGCCAUCCACGAAAGCUUGUGGACUCUUGCAUUCUCCGAGGCCAAGGAUGCUUCGCGCAGUGGUCCUCCCUGA